CUUUUGCGAUCGGCAACUGUUUCCUCUGCUCUUCAAGCGGCGUGGACGGGCCGGACAAUCGGGCUCUUUUGCGGGGUGGAGUUUUGAAGGCUUGCUUGACCGAUGAAUUACCGUGCUGAUGUUUUCGUUUAGGUGAUUGAGGGACCAUGAUCGAAGGAGUCACUCGAUGGGUCGAAUCUUUUGGAUGGUCGGCCUUUGGAGACAGGCGUUUUGGCGACGGCAACCAGGACAGACAUCGAGCGGGGUGAAAAAUAUAAGUUUGGUGACCGAAGGUCACAUUGCGUCACAGCCACAUUAAGUAUGAUUUAGCUUCCAACAACGCAUCACGGCGCCCUCGGACGAUUGUGCAGUCGGUCAUUGCAUAAUCGAGGCUCGAUGUGCGCCCACUAUCAGUGGUUUAUUUAAUUCGCUCUCGACACAGAUAUUCUACGUCUGAUGAUGCUGGAUUGUAGUUUGACUCGACUGGUUUGCCGGCGAACGAAUGAGCUCUAUCAUACUUUCCACCAUUUCUUCGGUCCAAGACUGGGUGUUGGAGGUCCUCUCGCCCCACAAUGUCAUAUAUAAAUCAUCUGCAAGAGCGGGCGUGGGCGCAUACACCCAUCUAUCGCCUGAGGACUGGCGAAGAUCCUCCGUAAGCAGACUACCAUCAUCGUCGUACGACUGGAACACUUUCUUGACCUUGCGUACAUUAUCUUCAGCGUGACUAGCAGACUGGCUGAAGACACAAGAUAUUCAAGCCCCUUGAAGCCACAGGAGACCACUGCAAGCUGCGUGGCGCGAUAAGACUCCUCCUCUUCCUCCAAAAGUGCUCGCCAUCGUUUCGGAUUGAGACCAGGAUAUGCGUCGAUCAAAUCGAGCAUUGCGCGCUGUUGCUGGCUGGUUUUAUAUUUGUCCUUGGCUGCAGCCUUCAGUCGUCGCGAGAAGUCCGAGAACGCCAGAUUCCAAUAACAGUAAACAUCAGGCAUACAGAACACGAUCCAUUUCAGUCGCGUCACUGUGCUCAGCGGUUUCACAGUGUGUUGCCCGACUUCGAUUGAAUGGUGGAACAAUUCCCCGUAUGUGAUCCAAGACAGCAAAGCCAACCUCUCCAAGUCGUUCCCAUUUGUUCCCUCUCCUGAGGGAUGGAGGGAGACCCGAGAAAGCACUUCGCGCUCGUACACCUUCAAUGCACGUACUUCCACCAUGGAAAGCGUCACAACAUCGACCAUGAGGCUGAGCAAGCCCUCCACACCAUUCUGGAUGGCGACCUCCAAACGAUAGCGCCGGUUUUCUGAGUCACCGUCGACCGCCCAAUUCGCGAGCUUUCGUGCCAUGGCAGCAGUAAGGAGGUUUGGAUGCGGUCUGAACAAAGACUCUCCGGAUCCAGCUGCGAGCCGUGGAAUAACGCGAUCGUCAGGAUGACUGCAUGAGAGAUACAGGGCUCGUGAGCAGCUCGAAAGUGAAAGAACGUCUUUGAUCGUGUCCAGGUGAAAUGGUAGAAGUAUGAGGAGUUCUGGAGGAAGCUGGUCUAAAGUCAUCCGGACUUCAGUGGGACAGUACGGGGUGAACUUGUGGAGUGAUCCGGAGAAAGCCGACAUGUCACUUCAAGGUUGCUUUCCACAAAGUUCAUACAACUUCCAAGUCUACCACGAUGUCUGACGUUGCUACAACUGUCGAAAUACCAGCUAACUCAGACUCGCUAUCGAAUGCGCCUGCUUCUUCGUCACCCGCGAAAAUCUCCAGUUCUGAGAAGACGGAACCACAGAACAAGCUGACAGAGCAGUUCACAGGCUAUGAAUGGAAGGCGUUGACAGAGUUCCGUACAUUGCUUCCAGAAUCUCUUGUCUCCGCAUAUGGCAGGGCUGACGCGAAGACUAAGCCGGUCAAGCUAUGGGGUGUGCAAAUUGACCCCGCAGACUUGCUCGAUGCUCGUGUGAGCGUCGUCCUGAUGAAAUUUCUUCGAGCAAGGAAUCUUGACGUACCGGCCGCCAAUGAGAUGUUCAUCUCGACCCUUCGAUGGCGACAGGAGUUCAACGUGGAGGCAGCCAUGACGGAGGAGUUUCCCUCCGAUGUGUUUGGCCAGUUGGGUCAUAUCUAUGGCCGCGACAAAGCUGGUCGCCCCGUGGUAUACAAUGUUUACGGAGGAAAUUCCGACAUUCAAGCUGUGUUUGGCGACGUGAACAGGUUUCUGCGAUGGCGGGUGGCUUUUAUGGAGAAGUGUCUCACCAUGAUUGACUUUGAAACCGUCGACCAAGCCCUGCAAGUCCACGACUAUGCCGGUGUAAGUAUGUCUAGCAGAACACCCGAGUCAAAGAGCGCCGCUUCGCAGGCAAGCGCCAUCUUCUCCUCCCAUUAUCCUGAACUUUUGUAUCGAAAGUUCUUUGUCAAUGUUCCGACGUUCAUGAACGUGCUGUUCUGGAUGUUCAAGCCUCUGCUACCUGCUGCAACAUUUGCAAAGAUGACCGUUGCUGGCACCAGCCCUCAGUCAAUCGGCAAACAGUUGCUUCCUCACGUCGCUGCUGAUCAGCUACCCAAGCGAUACGGCGGCGAAGCCGAUGCCGAAUGGUAGCCUGCGUAUUCGGCGCCACCUACUAUGGACGGCUGGCUUGCAUAUCUAGUUUGUGACUAGCCCUUGAGAAAUCGGGCGUCGUUCUUGAUCUAUUACAAUUUUUCGAUGGACAACUAUGGUGUAGCAGAACUUCCUUGCACAGCUCACAACAUAUGUCAAAGGAGCUUUGCUUCAACAAAUGUGAGACUGGGCAUUGCGACUGCUCAUAUGAACUACGUAGAGCGUUGCAGAUCAAGUGCAUGGACGACGCUAAUUGUCGCAAAAACAUUACCAAGAUUACAACAAAAUUUAUUCAUGCAGUUCACAAGAGCACCGAAGCGCGUUGCGCGUAGAACAGGCGCCGUCAGGGCGGUGAUGUUCCAGUACCUGUACUGUUUCACGUGAAAAGCACGUGACACGUCAACGCAAAAUUCGACUUUUCGCUCCUCAAGACCCCUUCACCCGCCUCUCAAGACUCAAUGGCGACGACGAAAGGAAAGACUCCGGCAAAGGACACUAAGGCGAAGGCCGCCAAAAAGGCCGCCCUCCAGGGUGCGAAUGGAACUGCGAAGCGCAAGCAACGUUUCUCUGUCUCCUUCCAUCGCCCCAAAACUCUUCGUCUGCCUCGGGAGCCGAAGUACCCCCGCCGUUCCAUCCCCCAUGCUCCUCGAAUGGAUCAGUUCCGAACGAUCGUUUCGCCCCUCAACACGGAGUCGGCAAUGAAGAAGAUUGAGGAGCACAACACCCUGGUCUUCAUCGUCGACCUGCGUUCAAACAAGCGUCAGAUCAAAGACGCAGUGAAGAAGUUGUACGACGUGAACGCGGCCAAGAUUAACACCCUUAUCCGCCCAGAUGGAAAGAAAAAGGCUUACGUCCGUCUGACCGCCGACCACGAUGCUUUGGACGUCGCCAACAAGAUCGGCUUCAUCUAAACAGAUCGUAGCCGUCUUAUGUUGUACCAUUGCAUGCUUGCACACAUUCUCUCCAUGCUAAUACUUAUGACGAAUUCCAUGCGGUCCUUUGAGUUCACCUCUGUAUUGCAUCCGAUCCGACCUGGGUUUCUUGACGGUGGUCAUGAUGUUGUACUGAGGGAUUCCUGACACGGUUCAUCUGGACUGAUUUUGUCGAGUACGAGUGGUGUGAACCAGUCCACGCACGUAUGUAUUAGAUAUAUAUCUACCAAGCAUCACAAGCUCGCGUCUGAAUAUCCGGUACUCUGCGAGACCGGAUGUAUGCAGGAGUCACUGGGCAAUGCUCCAGAUGAGGCCUUCGCCGACCCCCCACUGGUACCAGGCCGAAGAGCAUGUCAUGUGGAGUGGCGAUGCCGACUUUGACGGCCAUCACAGUGACGUGACUGCCACCUUCCUUCCUCUUACCAACGACGCCCUCCCUCUGCCAUUAGUCCAGCGACGGCUGGCCUCGACUACGGCUUGACCAACUCUACCGUCUCCUUCCUUACGUCUUUCUUUUCACGAUGGGAAUCCAAUUUGGAUCCUUCAACUCCAUCUGUGAAACCGCUGCCCUCGUCAUUUGCCCUCUCAUCGGCGGGGACCAGGGAAUAGAGCCCUCGUGUUACAGCAGAAAUGUGGAUAUCGGAGGAACUCUCAUCUUCCAACCUUCCACGGUUUUUGUGCAUAUCGUCGCAAUAAUAAUGACCAUCAUAAUGAUCCUGCAUAUUCGCAGCAAAUACACUGCAGUUGGUCGGAAGGAGAUUGUCACAUUCUUCUACAUGUAUGCUAUCAUCGAGCUCCUCGCCAUAUUUCUCGAUUCGGGAAUUAUACCCACAUCUAACGCAGUAUAUCCUUGGUUCGCAGCUAUUUACACGGGCCUGGUUGCCGGGGCCUAUGCUUGCAUCCUCAUCAACGGCUUCGUCGGUUUCCAAUUCGCCGAGGAUGGGACACCUCUCUCUCUAUGGGGUUUAAGAAUAUCCUGCUUGGUCGUCUUUGCAGUCGGUUUCUUCAUCUCCAUCGCCACUUUCAAGAAGUUUGCCGGAUUCAGCAACACCAAGCCGGUCGCUUUAUGGAUCAUCUACAUCCUGUGGCCUCUCCUUUGUGCCGUCAUUUACAUCGUAUCGCAGCUGGUCCUUGUCUUCCGGACGUUGGAUGACAGAUGGCCCAUCGGUGAUAUCGUCUUUGGUGCGGUGUUCUUUGGCGCGGCCCAGGCACUCCUUUUCGGCUUCAGUGUGACCAUCUGCAAUGCCAUCAAGCACUACAUCGACGGCCUGUUCUUUUUCACUCUGUGUAUGCUCUUGAGCGUGAUGAUGAUAUACAAAUACUGGGACUCUAUCACCAGGGAAGACUUGGAGUUCUCUGUCGGAUCGAAGGCAGCAGUAUGGGAAGUCAAAGAUCCGCUGUUGACGGGUCCAGCUGAGUACGGAGUUCCUGGUACGACCCAUUACAACUACUCCGAAGAGGAUACGGCGAGCAACUUCCAUGGUGGAGCGCCCGCUAGUCUGGUUGGCGGCGUCAGCGGCGGUCAGCUGUAUGGUGGCGGAUUCAAUCCGUACGGGCAACAGCAGGGCCAGGCCCGUGGCCGGGGAUACCCUCCGAAUCCGGAGCGGGGAUAUUGAGAUGAGUGGCAAUGGACGCUAAGUACAUAUCUGCGCAGAUAAGCUUGUCUUCUUCGUACACUAAUGCGAUCACUAUGCG